AUGUCCGGAGAGACCAAAAUCCCCUCCUCCCACGAGGGAGAUGAAGACGAAGAGGAGGAGGAAGCGGAAAGCGACUCCCCUCUUAAGGGGAGGAAGAAGAAGAGGGCAGCGUCCACAGACCCAGAGGAGGAGGCGCCCAAGAGGGGGAAGAUGGCCCUCUCGGAUGGUUCGGAUUCGGAGGCCGAACCCAUCAAGAAACUUCCCAGGGUGAAGCCCCUGGCCGAAUCUCCUGCUCGCGACCUUCCCAAUCCUUCACUAUCUGAGGGGAGUUCACUGCCGCCCGAGAUGGUUCAGUCCGCCAAGAGCGGGCUGAACGAGGCCUUCACCAGCCUACUAACAGGCUUCAAGGCCUCCCUGUUGGCAGCAACCGCCCAGGCCACUGAAGUUUCCGAACUCAAUCGAAAACUGAAGCUGGCUGAUGAUGAGAUCGGCCACAUUAACAAAUGGUUCGAUGAGACGCAAGGUAGCGCGGCCGAGGACGAGACCCUCAAGAGCGCCCUUGCCCAAGCCAAGGAGGAGGCAAAGGCGAGCAAAGCGGCCACUGCCAAAGCGGCUGAGGAAUUAAAGACUGCACAGGUCGCCCGCCGCCAGCAUGAAGAGAGGGUGGCCGAAGUGGAGCAAGAGCUGAAGGACGCCGUCGGCAAAUGCGAGGCUUUGGAGGAGAAGACUACGCCCAAGCGGACGAACUCGCCAAAGCCCUCCAUGAGGCCAAGGAGGCACGUACCGAGUCCCGGAGUGCUCGUGAAGAGAUCCGGCAGGCCGAAUAGAUAG